AUGGACAUUUUGCAUCAAAAACGACCGAUUACGCAGGUAAAUAUCGUUAUCAGAAAGCUUCCGGCAGUCAGCAACCGCUAAUUUAUCGUUCCCUUUUCGUUCGGCUCAGAGGAAGAAGUCAUUUCUCACCUAUGGGUGCAGCUGCUAAUUCACAUCAAUGUAAAUUUCUAUGCUAUUUGGUUGAUAGUGACUGUAAUAUUUCUUAACUAUGAGUUUUCCACCAUUAGCGGUAUUGAGAAAAUCCUGUCGAUCCUUUCGCUUGUGGUAGCCAUACCACUGGAGAUCGUUCGGCUCUACCUUGGCCACACUGGAAAUCUAAUGAGUGCGAUUCCCAGCUUUGCCGGAUUUCUUAUUCUCUCCCUACUAAUUCAACUGCCGCUACAGAUUUAUCUUUUGCUGGCCACGCACACCAUUAAGCACACAAUACCGACAGUGGUGCAAUCGAUCACGAUCACAAUGCUCGUGCUGCAGAUUGUCGUUGGCAUACCGGCGAUGAGGAAACUGUCCGCGUUUCGCAGGAAACAAUUUCAAACACAACGCUGGCAGUAUAUGGGCAAACGCAUGGAGGCGAAAGAAGCAAACGAAGCACAAUAA